CGCGACUGUAUCCUUUUUGUCCGUUUCCACUUGCCGUCUUGAACUGCUCCUACAUGUCAAAGUUCAUUCAGUGGCGAUCAUUAGUAAAACGUGAUGUUUUGUGGGCAGAAGUAAAGGUUUUAAUCACACGGUAUGCCUUGUUCCCCCUCCUGAUGGGAGAAGACUUCUACUAUGUGGGGGUGGAUGUAGGCACCGGAAGCGCGCGCGCCGCUCUGGUGACCCGAGAAGGUCAGAUAAAGACCACCACAGAGGAGCCUCUCAGCAUCUGGAGGCCCAAGCCCGAGCACUACGUCCAGUCCUCCACAGAGAUCUGGCAGAGAUGUUGCACAGCGGUAAAGAGAGUGACCCGUGGGGUGCAGAAGAACCAGGUUCUGGGGAUCGGAUUUGAUGCCACCUGCUCCUUAGUGGUUUUGGACCAGAACUUCCAGCCUGUGUCUGUCACUGAGGAAGGUGACUCACAGCAGAAUGUGGUCAUGUGGAUGGACCAUCGUGCUGCAGAGCAAGCUGCUCGUAUAACAAACACCAACCACAGGGUCCUGAGCAGGGUCGGAGGGGUCAUGUCACAGGAGAUGCAACCCCCGAAGCUCCUGUGGCUCAAAGAGAACCUGAAAGACAGCUGUUGGGACAAAGCCGCCCACUUCUUUGACCUUCCUGACUUCCUGUCUUGGAAGGCAACAGGCUCGCUGACGAGAUCUUUAUGUACCCUGGUGUGUAAGUGGACCUACUGUCCUCCUGAAGGAUGGGACGACAGCUUCUGGAUCAGUGUUGGACUGGAAGACCUUCUGGAAAACAACUUCUCUAAAAUAGGCAGCGUGGCAGCGCCUCCAGGAAGUCCUCUGGGAGGAGGUCUAACAGCCGAGGCUGCAUCAGAUCUGGGUUUGAACCCAGGAACAGCCGUUGGUGCUUCUCUCAUCGACGCUCAUGCUGGAGGCCUAGGUGUGAUCGGCGCCAAUGUGAGCGGCUUCAACCUGCCCUGCGAGCAUCAACCAAUCACAUCACGCAUGGCGAUGAUCUGCGGGACCUCCACUUGUCACUUGGCGGUCAGUGGGCGGGCCCUGUUUGUGCCGGGGGUGUGGGGACCCUACCUGUCUGCUAUGGUACCUGGUCUGUGGCUCAACGAGGGAGGCCAGAGCGCUACAGGAAGUCUGGUCAGAACCUGCCCUCUCCUUCAGGCUGCACACAAACCCAGAAUCACCUCAGACUGUAACAGGAACAUAAUGGAUAUCGACCACGUGGUGCAGGGCCACGCCGCCUACCCCCAGCUCCAGCAGCAGGCUCAGCUCAGAGGGGAGAACAUCUACACACACCUGAACACACACCUGGACUCCAUGGCUCGCUCGGGUUCUGCUGCUGACCUGCUGGGGUCCAGCCUUCACGUGUGGCCGGACUUCCAUGGAAACCGCUCGCCGCUCGCCGACCCUUCUUUGAAAGGCAUGGUGGUCGGACUCUCUCUGAGGCACACGUUGGACGACCUGGCGCUGCUGUACCUAGCUACCAUUCAAGCCCUCGCUCUCGGCACGCUUCACAUUUUGGAGGCCAUGAGAGAAACGGGACACGACAUCAGCACCGUCUUCAUGUGUGGCGGGCUGAGCAAAAACCGCCUGUUUGUUCAGGUUCAGGCCAACGCCACAGGAAUGCCGGUGGUGCUGCCGGAUCAGAUGGAGGCUGUUCUGGUCGGAGCCGCGGUGCUGGGAGCGUGUGCAUCACGGGGCUACGGCACCAUACAGGAGGCCAUGGCGAGAAUGGCUAAGGUGGGGCGAGUCGUUCAGCCUGACCCCAGCCUGAAGAGCUUCUAUGAGAGGAAGUACAAAGUGUUCCUGCAGCUGUUCUCCCACCAGAGGGAGUACCAGGCCCUCAUGGACCAGAGCUGAUGGAGAUCACAGGGACAGCAUCUGUCCUCAACUAGACUCUGAUGUGUUUUACUGGAUAUCAUAAAGGAAAAGACCUCCUGAAGCUGAGAUGACCCAGAGUAACAGACCAACUACACGAUUAUAGGAAAUCUGAAUAAAUAACUAAAUAAGGUGUCCAGAGGGGAUUUUGUAGACCUCGGGUCAGUGAUUACACCUUGUCUCAUAUUUCAUAUGAAUAAUCAUCAUGGAUGUCAAAAUGAAUAAACUUAUUUUUUUAGAUUUCUAAA